AUGCAGCCUCCGCAGGGCGGCGUGCAGGGUCAGAUGGGAUACGGCUACGCUCCACCUUCGGGCCCCGUCGGUCCUCCCGAGUACGCCUCCAACCACGUCAACUACAACCCGCAGGGCGGUAUGAUGGGCAACCAGCGCUACGAGUACUCAUCGAUGCAGGGCAAGCGCAAGGCGCUGCUGAUCGGUAUCAACUACUUUGGACAGAAUGGAGAGCUUCGAGGAUGCAUCAACGACGUUCGAAACGUGCAGGGUUUCCUUCGACAGCGCGGAUACAAGGACGACGACAUGGUGGUGCUGACCGACGACCAGCGCGAUGCACGCAGCAUCCCGACGAGGCAGAACAUGACGGCGGCGAUGCACUGGUUGGUGCGAGGCGCCCAGCCGGGCGAUGCGCUCUUCUUCCACUACAGCGGACACGGUGGUCAGGCCAAAGCGUCGCAGGGAGACGAGGCGGACGGAUACAACGAGACCAUCAUCCCCGUCGACUACCAGCAGGUUGGGCAGAUGGAGGACGACGAGCUGCACGCCAUCAUGGUGCGUCCGCUCCCCGUAGGCUGUCGUCUCACCGCCAUCUUUGACUCGUGCCACUCGGGUACCGCGCUCGACCUGCCUUACGUCUACACCACGUCGGGCAACGUCAAGGAGCCCAACGUCAUAGCGGGCGUGGGCAAGGGUCUCAUGGGAGCAGCGAUGAACUACGCGCGCGGCGACGUCAUGGGCAUGGCCAAGGGACUCUUCUCGACCUUCACCACGGCCAAGAACACGAACGGAGCCGAAGAGAUCACCAAGCAGACGCGCUCGAGCGGUGCCGACGUGGUGAUGCUGAGUGGAUGCAAGGACUCGCAGACGAGUGCGGAUGCCACCGAGGCGGGCAAGGCGACGGGCGCGUGCUCGUUCGCAUUCCUCACCGUGAUGAACCAGUACCCGCAGCUGACGUACAAGCAGAUGCUCAAUGCGGUGAGGGACGUGCUGGCGAGCAAGUACAGUCAGAAGCCGCAGCUGAGCUCGUCGCAUCCGAUCGAUAUGGAUCUGCUGUUCGUUCUCUAG